GCUGCAUCAACAGCAUCAUCUAGAGAGACUCUCUAGAUGCUCAAUGUGUCAUGUCAUGUUCUCAUUUCAAGUACAUACAUCUAGCUUCUCCUCAUUUUUCGUCUAAAAAAUCGAGAAGAAUGGCUUUCCAGAGUUACGAUACGUGCCCCAGCAACCGUCUGCUAUAGGCCGAAGCAUCUUCGAGAACUUGACGUUCGACUAUGAGCAGGGGGACCACGAUCACUCGCCCAAUCAUUCCUCGAAGGAUGGCGCCAGUGUCCUCGAUCUCUCUGCAACUACAACUGUCGACAAAAGCGGAGUGCAAAGCGCUUUAGAGCUGUCUUGCGCGUCUGAAUUUGUGUCGUCUUCAAUCGAGAAACACAGCAACCAGAAUGCAGAACAAGACUCGGACCAACUGCGGGAGAAGACAUGCACGCAGAAACGGGUACUGACUAUCUUUUAUGUUUCUACUUCUAGCUUUUAUGUUUUUUCUCCGUGCUGCACAGUUUUACCUUGUAUGGUUCUGGUAUUUGGUAACCUGAGUUUGAUCCUAAGGGUUCUCUUCUUGUUUUCCCUUAGGAUCAAACUCAGGUUACCAAAUACCAGAGCCAUUCAUACAUGCGGACUAACGCAGCCGUAGAAGGACUACAAUGUUCUAGAAGUACAGCUUUAGGACAAUUGGGUACAACAGAUCUUAUAUUUUUUUCGUUCUCGCCGAGUGUCGUAUAAUGUCGCCAAUUUGUGGUCCUCUACGAUCCCUAACCCACGACUAGCACUACUUAAAUUUGAAAAGAAUGAACAAAAACCCCUCAACAGGAGCUGCAUUCCAGUGUCGACGGUUUGAGCGGUGGAGAGCUUCAGAGGUUGUGUCUUGCACGCGCGCUCUACCAGAAGGACUCGAUCUACCAGAAGGACUCGUCCUCUUCGUCUUCUAGUUCUUCCCGGCGACCUAGGCUCUACAUUUUUGAUGAGGUCACUUCUCAGCUUGAUUCGGCUACGGAAAAGAAAGUAUUGGGGAGACUUUUUGGUGCAGCAGAGCAAGAAGAUAGUGGUUCUGGAGUAGCUGGACGAGGAGAACCAGAACCACGCGGAGGCAAAACGAAGAGUACAAGCAGUUCAUUGAUCAAAGAUGAUCCGAACAGUGCAGUGCUCUUGGUUACGCACUCCAUAGAGGCCUUGCAGUACUGCACGCGGUUUCUCAUACUCACCUCCACUGGCACAGUAGAAACGACGUCUAGAGAGACGGCACAGAAAUUGAUUGCUGAGAUAUAGUAGACGAUGUCUUUUUAGAAGACUUGCUUUUGUUUAUAGCAGCUUGCUAAGUCAGAACCCACUUUUCAUGCAAAUUUCUUGAAUAAUUAUGGCCAUACAUGUUGAUGAGAAGCAGGGGGUUGUUGGUGUAGAGGAUGUUGAUGAGAAGCAGUAAAUCUAGAUGUAGAUCGGUUUUCUUCGUCAUUGUCGUUAAAAAGUCGUUGUAGCGGUAGUUGGUUUUGUUGUAGUUGGAAACCUUCAUUUUCUAGGUAGAGCAGUUCUUGUUGUGAGUCUUGUCUCGAUGAGGGGAGGAGCGAAAAAGCUCAUGGUCGUCAUCGAUUUUCGCAGAGGUCGCAU